AGUGAGAGCAGCGGCAGAAGGGCUCCGUGCGCGGGAGAGAGCCGGGAGAGGCUGCGAGAGUGUGGAAGAGGAGAGCGGGCGGGGGACGAGGUGCGAGGAGAAGAGGGGAGAGCGGCACGGAUAGAGAAGGGAGGGAGGGGAGAGAGAGGAAGAGGGAGGGGAGAGAGAGAGAGAGCGGGGCGAUUCGCUUGGCGUGUUGCCAGUCUGACUGGUGUGGGAAGGCAAAAUGGUGAAGGUGGUUUAACUGGCUCGGAGGGCGACUGCGCUGCUGUGUUCUCGAGAAUUUAUUUAUUUUUAUUGUGCACAUCAAAUAUUAAAACAAGAAGAAAACAUCCCAUUGUUUUUUACGCGAGCCUCCUCGCAUUGCAGUAACAAGUCGCGUUAGCGCGGCUGUAAUUAUGCGGCGCCUUAUUUCACAUCCGUCCAGCCAGCGGCGGCAGCAGCGCAGCGCCACCGCCACCACCGCCGCCGCCGCCGCAUGCAGCGAGGGGGAGACGCGGGGGAGACGCGGCCUAGGGACUGAGUGAAGCUGCCCAAGCAAGGGGGGGAGGGCUGGCUCGAGUCGCUCUGUGUGGCAGAGGAAGGCACACACACCACGCACACACGUGCGCGCGCGAACACACCACGCACACACGGGCACACACACACACAUUAAGGGUACCUGCCGGUGGAAUCUAAUCAAGAUCACAGUCACACACACGUGUAACACGCUGGCACACACGCCGCUACAGACACGAGCACCCACAGGCACGCAGACUCGUACACGCGUGCGCACACGGGAAGGGAAGUAGGGAAGAGGAGGCGGAAGAAUAGGAUAGGAAGAGAAGGAGGAGAGAGAAGACUGGAGCCUCCGGGAAGGACGCGGUGGCACGGAGGCCCCCGCCAGCUCCCGGGAGAGACGGGCGGAUGGACGCGCGACUCCCCGGAGCCGGGCUUCUGCUGUUCCUGCUCACGCUGCCAGAGUCACUGCCCGACCUGCAGGGGAGGAGCGGCGACGUGGGGAGGGGACGCCAGGUGGUGGCGCGCGCAGGUGACACAGUGAUCCUGGGCUGUGACGUGAGCCACGGCGGACUGGGGAGGCCUCCUCCAUACGUCAUCGAGUGGUACAAGAACGAGAUCCCCUUCCCGCUGCUCAUCCAGUUCGGGUCGUACCCCCCGCGCAUCGACCCCGCGUACGCAGGGAGGGUGAGCCUCUACGAGAUGGGCUCUCUGCGCAUGGAGACGGUGCAAGCCGAGGAUUCGGGCUGGUACGAGUGUAACGUGCUCUUCCUGGACAAGCAGUACGACCCCUUCGCCAACGGAACUCGCACCUACCUGGCCGUGCGUGCUCCACCCCGGUUCCGGGACACUCCACCACCCUACAUGGAGGUGCGCCAGGGCUCGGAGGUGACGCUGGCGUGCAGCGCCUACGGGCGCCCUGAGCCCAUCGUGGGCUGGCGCAAGGACGGCCGCCGUCUGCCCAAUGGCGCCAAGUACCAGGUGCUCAACGGCAAAUUGACCAUUCCUAACGCCGAUCGCUCCGACAAUGGAAUCUACGCCUGCUGGGCUUCCAGCAACCAAGGAGAGUCGAUCCACAUUACCCGCCUUCUGGUGCAAGGUUCUCCUGUGAUCGUUCUGCCUCCCCGGAACGUGACAGCCAACAUUACCCAGCAUGCACUGUUCUCCUGCCGUGCCGAGGCCUACCCGUCCAACGUCACAUACUCGUGGUUCAAGGUCGACAAGAACGUUCAUGCUGUCAGUGGGCUGGAGGGGCGUGUGCGGGUGCUGCUGGACGGGAGCCUGCUCAUCUACCGCGCCAGCCCGAACGAUGCGGGGGCCUACUCCUGCGUGGCGAGCAACGGCCUGGGAAACGCCGCCACCGCCUCGGCGCACCUCACCAUCCACUACCCGGCGCGGGUGGUGGGCAUGCCGGCAGUGACGUACGUGCCCAUUGGCCUGGCCGGCUUCGUGCGCUGCCCCGCGGACGCAGUGCCCCCCGUGUUGCGCAUCGACUGGAAACGGGACGGCCGACCUCUUGACCUGCAAGCGAUGCUGGGGUGGUUCCAGCGAGCAGAUGGGGCGCUUGUGAUCCCCGAGGUGAGCAAGGCGGCGCUGGGCUCCUACAGCUGCACCCCGCACAACGCCUACGGCAGCAUGGGAGAGUCAGCCAGCACCCAGCUCAUACUCAAGCCUCCCCCAUACUUUACGCUGGUACCGGCGCGGGAAUACAAGCAGGAGGUGGGGCGUGAGCUGCGCAUCCCCUGCUCGGCGGUUGGAGACCCACCCCCCUCCUACUCCUGGAGGCAGGAGGGCCACCUGCUGCCCCAGCAGCCCCCUGCACGUGACGGCACGCUCUACAUCCGGGCACUGCACAAGGAGGACUCGGGCCGCUGGGCCUGCGUGGCUUCAAACGUGGUGACCAGCAUCAGCGCCGACACGUACCUCUACGUCACCGGCACCACGCCCCACUCGGCGCGCGACCUCCACGCCUCUUCCGCCCUCGACUCGGCCAAUCUGUCGUGGGCCCCGGGCUACGACGGUGGAUAUGCCCAGCACUUCACUGUCUGGGUGAAGCGGCUCGACCGACGGCCGUCCUACUGGGACCCGCUGCCGGUGCCUGCCGCUCACUCGGAGAUCACCGUGGGCGACCUGGAGCCCGGAAAGUUCUACCAGUUCAGCGUGCUGGCGCACAACCAGAUGGGCAGCGGGCCCUUCAGUCCCAUCCUCACCAUCCGCACGCAGUCCCCAUACGCCACAACGGCCGAGCCGCACCUGCGCGCGGGAUUCAAUUCGGCCACGCUGUCUCCUCCGCGGUGCCUCACCGCCAACCAGACGGAGAGCGCCCUGCUGCUCACGUGGCUCCCGCCGCUCAACCAGAGCGAGGCAGCCUUCAACUACAGCGUGGAGUCGCGACACCGCUGGGCGGGUUGGGAGGAGGUGGAGACCGUGGCCGGCUCGCACACCCAGGUGGAGCUGCGCGGGCUGCUCAAGACCACGUGGUACGAGUUCCGCGUGCUCGUGGUGGCUGAUGACGGCAUCAGCGAGCCCACCAACACGGUCACCGUGUGGAUGGCAGGGGCGUUGUCCCCCACACGGCCUGCUCUGGAAGUGCCUCAGCCGAUCCUUGCCGGGGUCAUCGCCGGCAUCUGCUUCCUGGCCAUCGCGGUCCUCUUCAGCACCGUGGCGGCGUGCCUCAUCAGCCGGCAGCGGCGCUCCCAGCGGCCCGUGACAUCGGCGGUACCGUUAACCACGUCCACUGCGGAGCGAGUGCCUCACCUCUCCAUCACCCACUGUAAGAAGAGGACAGAAUCUGAGUCUUCUCUGGACAAAGCGAACGGAGCAGACCGGACACGCGCCGGCUCGCGGGAAUCUCGCGCGGGUCUCGAGACGGACGAUGACGACAACGACCAGGAGCCGUUCGGCGAGGCCAUGGGGGCGGCCGCGGCGGCCCUGGCGUCCGCCGACGGCUACGCCAGGGCAGAGGGGGCGGGUGGGCCUGGCGACGGGCGGCACGCCGGCGGGCCGAAGUUGUCGCUCUACGAGAAGCUGACGCGCGGCUCCGGCCACGGCCGCUACAGCGUCUCCAAGCACGAACGCGACGCGCGACCCAUCGAGCUCAUCAGCCGCGGGCCCGACGGGCGCUUCACGGUGGACGGCGAGGAGGUGGAGGAGGUGCCGCCGUCGCGGCGAGCCGAAACGCAGGACGAGCGGAGUCCGCGGUCCGAGCGGAGGAUCCGGGGCUUCCCAUUUGUCCGCGACAUGGAGAUGUACCCGGAGUUCCAGCACUCGGACAUGGAAGGGGAGGCAGCGGCGGCUAUGGGGGGACCGCCGCACGGCUCGCAGUUCGGCCGGGAGGUGAGCGGCACGUCCAGUCGCUCGCCAUACGCCCACCGCGCUGAUGCUGGGAGGUCAAAGGGCAUGGAAGCAAGGCACCCCAGGGGUCAAGGGGAGGAUUCGAGGUUCCUCUAUGGCAUCGGAGCGCAAAGGCAGCCGGAGUCGGAGGUGAUCGGCAUGCUCGAGGGGCCGCUCCCCAUGCCCAUCCGUCAGCGCAGAGCGGCCCCCGAGCCCGUCCACGGCGGUGCGGGCAGGCCCAGCGAGGGCUUCGAGAGCGCCGUUCCCAUCCUGCACGUGGAGAGCCGCCAGAGGUCCUUCUCUCCCGGCCAGUGGCGGAAGCUCGUGCUGUCCAUCAGCAGCGCGGGCACCUCGCCCGACCUCUCCUGCUCGCACCAGGCACCCAGCUCGCUCCUCGUCUACCCGCGGUCUCCUACCCGCUCCCCGGCAGGAUUCUCCGUCUCUCCGUCGCGCUCCGCGUUGGGAUACUCGUCGUCCCUGUCACGCGCCGCCGCCGGUUACCCCGCGUCACCCACCAGGGGGGCGGCUGCAGGCUACCCGGCGGGACCGCCCCGCUCACCCGCGGGCUACGCCGUGGCGUCGUCGCCGUCGCGCACGCCGGCGCUGCGCUCGCUAGCGCCGCGCCGCACCGCCACGGCGUACUCGGUGUCGCCCCCCCAGUACUACAGCGUGUCGGGCUGGGAGGAGACGCGCAGCGGCGGCGGCACCUCGCCCAGCGGGGACAUCAAGGCGCGGCUCAACGUGCCACCCAACUAUGAGGACCUGGUCCACCUGGAGCCACCGUCACCACGGCUCCAGCGCUCUCCCCGCAGCGGGCCGUCCUCCUCGGUCUCCUACUCGGGGACGCAGCCCGAGCUGCGCGCCGGCAUCAGGAUGUCGACAGCCAUGCCUCCCAGGGACAUUCGGAUGGGUCGGGAAGACAUCCCGUCCGCGAUCGCGGCUCUGGGCCCUUCGAGCGCGAUGAGCCAUGGUCCUCAGCCCUUCUCAGGGCCCGAGUACAGCGCCCCUCCCCCGUACCGCCCGCCACGGUUCCACCCGGCGGCCCUCGCACCUCGGUCGGAGCCGGGCAGUGCUGGCGCCGUUGCGGCAGCCGCUGGGAAGGGCAGGACAGAGCUGCGGGAAUUCUCUGCCUCACCCAAGGGGGACGUCCUGCCCGGCACGUCUACCAGCGAGGGUUCGGCCGGCGUGGGGUCCUCCUCGGUGGGCGCUUCGCCGCACUCAAUGCGGCGGCCCGAAGCACGGGCGGCCUCGUCCACGAGGACGGAGGACAGCACGCCCGAGGAGGAGGACGAGGGGCUGAAGGAGGGGGCGUCGGCGUUUCGGAGGAAAAGCAGGUCGGAGGACCCCGGCGACGCUGGGGACGCCCCCGGGCAGUUAAAACCAGCAGCGCCAGGGGGCGGCACGCCAAGGAAAUCCUCGUUAAUUUAGAUCAGCGGAUCUCCUGACACGAUCCAUCACAAUCACCUGAGCUGCAAAUGCCUGAGAAAUUACUACCUCAGUACCAAGCACACGCUGCUUAGAGAGCGAGAGAGAGUGAGAGAGAGUGAGACAGAUACAUCUGUCAUGACGACUGAAGGGAAAUCUCCAAAACACACUCAUACACAGAGAUACAGCAGUAGCAGCAGCAGAGAAACAGGUGUGUGUGUGGCUCGCAGUAAGAGCUGAGGAACAUUGACAAACGCGACAAAUGUUGGCCAACUUUUAUAAGCCUUAAUGAAUAACAACAUAGCUCUAUGAACUUGAACAAAAAGGCACAUGACGACUACACCCGUGACAAACAGCAGGUAAUGCCGUGGCGACGGUUGAAGCUCGGCAACCAUCCCACCGUCCUCGACGAAGGAAGAAACCCCCCCGCUCUCACCGGGGUUCCGGAAAGACGCUCGCUAUGCACCGCCAAUGUCGUUGUGCGCCUUGUCCCCCGGUGGGGGUGAGGGGUGGGGGGCGGCCCAGCUGGGCCCGGCUGGGCCCGGCUGGGCGUUGCGGUGCCCCCCCGCUCAGUUUCGUCGGCGCUCGGCCGACUACUCCGUGGCAGCCAUCUUGUUCCCCGAUCGCCCUCCACCUCGCGCACAUUCGCUCGCUCGAUUUCCACAUGCUCCAAAUUGACGUACGGUUGUCGUGCGUACAGUGAAUUUUAUAAUAUAUUGUGCGUUAUUAUUUAAAACAAAAGUGCUAAUUAUUUGACAUAACCUGAAAUAUUUUUUAUUCAAAAAAAGCUUACAGUGCUAAGUUUGGCUAAUUACUAGUUGAUGAACAUCUAAUUUAUUUCUACUGACACUUAAUGGUGUUUUGAUCAUUUGUAUGGUUUUAUGCGGUGUGUUUUGCAAAUACUCUACACCUAAACCCAAUGUAGGUCACGUCUGUUUACAAGACAUUCAGUCAAGAGAGUUGGGAGAAAUUUACAGAUGUCAUAAUUUUUUUUCAACUUCUCAUCUUUCGCCACUUAAAAGAAAGUGACUUCCAGGCGUCGCGAACGAUUGACGCGCUGCCGAAAUAAGUAGGCUGAGAGGUCUUGAUGAAAUCGAGACAUUAAUGAAAUAUAUAAAUACAGCAGUAUUCAAACGGUGCUCUUUAUUUAAUACAAGUUAGCCAAGUAGAUAUUGUAAUUUUGUGUUUAAAUUUACGAAUAUAAAAUGCAUAUUUAUUAACAAAAAAUUACUUAUUUGUACAUAGUACAGGAUCUAUGUCAGCCGGGUGACGCCGCUUGCCCUGGUCGCUAACGCGGCACGCACUUAGUGUUGGCGGAAUGGUACGGAACUAUCGCGACCCAUUGGUUACCACUCGCCGUGACACCACAUUGCUAAUGCUGACAGCUGGAGUAUUAAAGACAGGAGGUUAUUGCAACUGUGGCAUUGCGCGCACAUUCACACUCACAGGUGAGAUGGCCUAUGGUGCUGUAACUUUCACGUAUAGAGUUUUGUAACUGACCUGGUGCUACCGCUGCAUAAACGUUAUGAUACAACCCGCCCGGGAGGAAACAUCUCUGGAAUUCGUUCCGCACUGCGCGCGUGUGUUCGUGGAAAAUACGGCGUGUCUUUUAUUCCUUAUGGAGAAGAAGAAAAAACCUGCCUGUUCACCAACAUUGACGGACAUUACGAACGCCAAAUUAUUUUGGGAAAAGCCGGCAGAAUUCAAAUGCGUGUAAAAUCAAAUACACAGGAUAACCACGUUCUUGGACAAUAUUUUAAAAGACGCUCCAGAAAGUAACACGGAGGCUGCCCGAAACUUGAGUCCGGUGUCAAUACAGUUACAUAGAUCUGGUGACAGACAAAGAUCCCCCACGUAGCCUUUCACAGAUUGUUGGGGCAAGUGCUGUUAGCGAGCACCUAUGAAGGCAGACACGGCACACGUGGGGGUGGGUGACUAACGUCAUGCCUUUGUUUUCACAGUGAUGAUGUUUACACAUCGCCCCAGAUACUCAUUUGAGGCCGCGUAGACCUAGGGGAGGCCCAGGACCGAUUUAAAUAUUCUCCACUGUUAUUGGCCUUGAGUGGGAAUUGAACUCGGGUUCAUACCGCAAUGCGGUCACCACUAUUCUACAGAUAACGAAUUUGAAUAUGCGUCGUAAAUUACAACAAAAAUCGCAAAGCUGCGUACAAUUAUGAAUUGUAACAUUAUGUUGCAAGUUUCAACAGAUUUAUCAGCACACCUGCGGUUCAUGCCCUGCAAGUUAUACCGAGGAUAUAUCUGCUGACAAUCACCUCCCUCACAAUGACAUGUCACAGUCGUCAUACUGAAUAUGAUCCACGCUCAUUUGAUUUGCGUAUUGAUGUUUAUUUACGCAUAUAUUGAACGUUCGCUUCUCUAAAAAUACUCCUUUGUGAAAACGACGACAGAGUUGUGCCGAGGAGAUGUUUCUUCACCGUGACCCUCUCGGUGCCAGACAGAGACCGACACUGACAUUCGGAGGCCGUCAAAAUGCAAAUCGUCUUCACGCGGCACCUUCAGCAGCGGCACACGGCUCUCGGCGAUCGUUUUUUGUUUAUUUAUUGUGAAUACGAUUUCGUAGCCUGUGUGUGAACGGCACCGUUAGGGUUUUGUGGUGUUGUUAGUGUGCGCGGGGUUGUAAAAUGUAUGUCCAUGGCCUUUGAUAUAUUGGUGCAAGUAACAAAUAUGAAGCAAUAUUUAAUUUGCCAAAAUUUUUGAUUGUCAUCUUUUUUUAUCGUACAAAAAAAAGAAAAACCAUCCCUAAUCGCCUUUCUUUUCCAACCAAAUUUACACAGAACCCGAAGACGAAAAGAUCGCGCUGAAACGGCAACCAAAGACAGUUGACGCUGCGAGUUGCAGUGGCAAUCGCGAUAGAAUAACCAACGGGGAUGAUGGGAAAAGGGUGGAGAUUGCGGAUCCCUGGAUUGAGUGCAUCCUUCGAGCACGCGGCUCGCGUGAGCGGGACAUUGCAGGGCUGCGCCUUUUGCCGACCGUCGAUCUGCACGCUGUUUUUGCAACCAGUGAAUGGAUAUGAGAACUCUGAAGCGGCCAGAUCAAAAUGUUUUCCGAUCUCCACCUUUCUCUUAUUCAUUGAACCAAAGGACUGUAAAGAGAUAUAUAAAAGAAAGUUUAUUUUUAGGCUCGUGUAAAAAUGUGUAGCUGCUAUCAAAAAUGCUCAAAUGAUCACGUGUUAAAAUUUUACAUGUCAUUGCGGUUUGGUUGGAAAAGGGCCAGAUUCAAUGUUUUUUUUAAAUCUGCGCACUGUAAAUGUUCGGUACAAGGCCUUCAUUAAUUGACGGUUCAAGGCUGUGUUAUUUUAUUGUCAGCUGCAGAGGUGAAGCCUCCUGCAUUUUUCCUGCCGGUGCAAAAACCAAAAUAGCUGCGCUAAAUAUUUUUGCAGGAUGCUCAUCGCGGAACGUUCUUACUCCCGCUAUUUACUUCAUCUGGCCGGUUGGCUCGGUGGCAGCGUGAGCGGCUCGCAUCAGGGAAGGUUGUGAGUUCAAUUCCUGAUUAGGUGCUGACUGAGCCCAUCAUCUCUUUGGGGUCGAUCAAAUAAAUGCCACUUUUGGUGAGAUCGCAUAAAUAUAAAUGUGUCGUUAAACCCUCCACCACCCGACAGCCAAUUUGUUAAGGUUUGUCACGUAAACAAAACAUGCCAGUUCGUGACUCGUUCAACACACCGGUGUUUUGGAAAGUAAACCCACAACAUUUACAAUUUGAGUAACGUGAUGUUUUGGCGAUAAUUUCAACCCGCCUCAUCAUGCGACAACCGCUUUGUGAGGAAGUCACCAGUGGCUGUCCUAUGGAGAGACUCGCCCCCGCCAUAGGAACGUGUAGUUUCCAUCACUGUCUCAGGGUUGUAGCCUGCAGAUGAGCACUGCCUCAGUGCUCACUGUCGAAUCCCUUUGACUCGUUUCUGAUGAAUAUUACUCAAUUGGGCAUACCAGGCCGCUGCGACGUCCAUGGCUGUCAUGACAUUCUGAAUUGUAAAUUAACAUUACCGAGAGUGACAACGGCGAGCCAUGACAAGGGCACAAAGGAGACUUGCAGGAUUACAAAACUAAUUUUACAACCAACGGUAAAAAAAAUGUAAUAGAACAUCUAAAGAAUAAAAAAAAUAGACAAAUACAACUAAACUAUUUUUUCUUUUACCAGGUAAGGCCCACUGAGCUAUGUAGCUCUUUUUCCAAAAGCGACCUGGCCACAAAUUAUAGCCCAACGAAGUGGCUUGUCACGUGGAAAUUUAUAGCGGCAACCAAUUACUGUCACUAAUUUGACAGUUACUUUGGCAACACAAACAGCUAUAUAAUCGUUGCUUUAUUGCAUUCAGACAUUCAAUCAGUCGCAUAGGAGUUUUAAGUCACCAAUUAAACUUAAAUGGACCAAUUCUUGGCUAUAUUUUGGCCGUCAUUCUGCCACUCGUUGGCAAAAUGAUGGCUAUUUGACAGCAAGAUGUACUCACUCGUGGGACUGUGUCCGGAACUUGCGAGGAUCUGUGAGCUCCUCACAAUCCAGUCCAGUUCAACCCAGGAUGGAUCAGAGGCAGCCACUUGAUUGUUUCAAACCGGCUCAAGAUGUCCCUUUAGAGGGGUCCAUGUUUCGCAAGCUUAGAGAAGGGGAGGCACACUGUGGCUGAGAAGCGAUAGGUCAGGUAGCUUCCAUACACCGUCACGCAGCCCAAUUAAAAUGUAACUUAAUUCGACUAAUUUGGAGUGAAACCUCCACUACAAAACUGGAGCUGGCCAUGACCACAGUGCCCAGUUGUGAGAACUCCUACACAUUCGUCAAGAAAACCGUGGCUCUCAAUUGGAGAAUAUAAAUGUAUAACUAGGUGAUAUUUCGGGAAAUGGCAAUUAAUUAAUAAAUACGUUCGAACAACAUCAUUUGUGUGCUUUUUACCACACGUUGCUUGGAGUCACUGGAGUUUAAAAUAAAUAGGGGUGCACUUUUCAUAUUCCAUUCCGGAAAGUUUGGACCACCUGCCCUCAUGUUAUUGUUCAUGUUGCGUUAUUAUUUGGAGGGAAUACAAUUUGUAUCCUUUUCACGGUACAUCGACUUUCGUGCUAAAUUUUGAAAAUAAAAAUUGUUACUUUAUUCCACAAACUCAUGAUCGUGGAAUAAACACUCAAUGAUAGAGUUUGGCCAAACAUCACCAACAUAGGACCACAAAGCUUGGGUAAUUGUUGCCACUGGCUGUGGCUGUCUUCCCGUUUCGCACGUUUCUGAAUCUUUGCAAAUUACAUUAUAUAGCAUUUAUUAUUUUUCAAGGAAACAUCACAGUUUUUUUCAUGAUGGAAAGGGAACGCUUCAAGUUUUCCAGAUUUUGUGGAGAGACGCAUCGGCUCCAACACGUCUGUGUAUCGUUUCCGGGUACAUAGAGACGCAAGAGAGCGACGCGCACACGAUGGUACAUAACGGCGAUGACAGUUUUAUGCAGCGGCAGGGUUUCACAUUCUUAACAGGAACCUUGUUGGGAUGCUGAAAUUAAUAACGCUGAUCUGAACGUGAAUAUUACAAUCGUGAAAUUAACACAGCCUUGGAACGCCGGUACAAUGUAAAACGCUAUAGAUGUUGCUUAUGAUUCGCUGUAUUUUCUAUUUGGGAAAUUAACCCUUUUUGCGACGUUGAACUCGUGUUAUAUUGCUUUGUGCAACACUACACGUGGUCACACAGAAAAAAAGAAUCGUUAAGAAAUAUGAAUCCCUGUAUACAAUCUUCAAGCUCUUGUUUUUAUAGUUUGACCAUAGACAAUGCAGUUUAAUUACGUACUUAUAUAUGGAUGUUCAAUAUUAUCUUUGUAUUGGUAUAAAGAUCUUGCACUAUGAUAUUCACAUGAAGCUGACAACUUUACCGCUUGACACAUGCGGUCUGCAUGAACCCUUUCACCUGCAACUGGGGCACAGAGGAGACGCGGUUGAACCGUGGCCGGCAAGUUUUGCGCCCCCUCUCCUGCGGUGGCUAAAUACAUGGCAGCUAUUAUCCAGUGGGCCACGACGGAAGUUAAAGGGCGCAAACCCUGCCCGGUCAGGCGUUUGAACAGCCGACCGAGCGGUUCAAGUGCGCGGUUACGUCCAAGGGGUUCACGGAAUGUCAUGAACCUGGCAAGAGUCGAGAUAUUUUUUUUACGUUAGAUCACGUAAAUAUAAAUGUGCCGUUAAACCCGCCAGAACCACUCGACGCAGCCAAUUGCUUAAGGUUUGUCACGUAAACAGAACGUGCCAUUUAGUUACUAGCUCAGCACACCAGUGUGUUGGAGAGUAAAGCCACAACAUUUACAUUUCGAGUACCGUGACGUUUUUCCGUUAAUUACAAUCAGCCUCAUCAGGCGACAGCCAGUCUUAAAUAGAGGAGGUAAACGUGAUGUCGUCGCUUGUGAGCCAAUCUGAUGCUAUUUAUAUUUACGCAAUCUAACGGCAAAACAAAAACUUAUUGUGGAUAACAUUGGUCGCAAAAGCCUAUGACUUCUACGUGUUAAACUAACCUGGCUGAGGUGAAAGAGUUGGCAAAAAAUGUAAGAUUGCUGCAAGGAAAUGUUGCGAAGUGUUCGUGGAGUUGACGGCAACGUGUGUAGCGAUACGUCCGCCGCAAUCAUUGCGGCUCCGCGCGUCUCCCCAUCGCGCCACGUUUAUUAUGCAGCAGACCGACAUUGUUGCCCGUGUAUGGCAUCAAUGUGAUAGCCUCGUUGCCUCUUUAAGAAACACAUAAUAAAUAAAUAAAAUAUAUUGCCUUUUUUGGUGCUCGUAAGUAGAACAAGGCAGCUUGAAGUUGUUCUUGCCUGUAAGCUGCCUGCAGAGAGGUGGACAUUUUGCAGUUUCCAUAUUCUCCAGAUUAUAAGACGCUCUGGAGAGAAAAAGGCACCCCAAACUCGUGCCCAAUGAAGUCACACAAAUCUGGCCGUCCACACGCACGCACAAACACACGCGCACUCACCAGAUUAUCAGACGCACGCCUUUGCUUUGGUGUAUAUUGGAGGGAAAACUGCAUCUUAUAAUCUGGAGAACACGGUGUUUUUGGGAAGGAAUGCUAAAUCUCUGAUCGUACAUCGAGUCACGAGAGCCAAGCUCAGUACUAAAUCACGGGUUCUCGAGUCAUAACAAGGUCUUGGGUGUGUGAGAAAGAGGACAGCCCAAGCGUGCAUCUUUGUGCCGAUGAACAACCUCUCCGCACAUAUUACGAUCCACCUCACUGUGCUCUCAGGGGCUCGUGUACCCACCGUGUUUAAAGAGAUGAACCGUUUUUAAAACAUUUUUUUUAAUUAAGAAAGCCUUCCCAAGCUUUCCCAUGCCUACAUGAAUUUCCAUUGUCUGCGGGGAAAAUUACGUAAAGGAACGAACCAAUAAAAAAGCUAACCGUGUGGGAAAUCCCUUUUUAACAAUAUGCAGUUCUUUAUACGAUUGUUUAUUAGAACACGUGCAGUGCUGUGUACAGUGGUUGAAUUGUUACAUUUUUACUCCCAUAUGGGAGAGCUUCCACUUGAUCUUGUUGCCGGGAAGAGCAAAAGAAUGCCGUCCAGGAGCAAAGUGUGUGGAUGAAGAGAGGGGGCCGCGGGUUAAGAAGUAGGGCAGCAGAGUGGUGGUGCCGGACUUCCCGGACUCAUUUGUUUGGUGUCACCCAAUCACACGGCGGCGGCGCUGGUGCUGUGUGGCGAGGCCUGAUGGCGGUGAUGAUGAAUCCCCUCUCUCGAAGACAGCGAUUCUUAACCUGGGGUGCACGCACACCCUGGGGGUACGACAUGCCCUCUCUGGGGGUGCGCGACAUGGCCAGAACUUUUUUAGAAGGUAAAUAAUUGAAAACACAAAUUAAGCAUGGCCACGUGAGUUACAACUCCUUUGUUUAAUCAAACCCUAUGUAUUUAUUAACAUAAACAAAAUUACGAUUGAGAACCAAAGGAGUGCAGGCUGCAGUAAAGGUUAAAAACCACUGCUCUAAGAGAACCCUCCCAUCGCUGGGAUUCUUUAAAACUGUUUCAAGCGAACGGGGGGGGCGGGGGGCGGGACAGCCGUGACGUAAUGAUUCGUGCACCAAGACUCGCUACCCAGAGGUUGCUGGUUCGAUCUCCUGACGCGGCGGUUGAAACAAGAACGGUGCAAGUUUAUUUUAUCACCCCCCACCGCCGCGUCUGUCCACCCAGCAGUACAAAUGUGUACACCACAUUGUGGUGGGGUAAAGUGUGCGGGCACUCCGACCUCUUGCAAGACAUCUAGAGGGGCUCUCUAUAGCGCCCUCUCGUGGAGAGCCACCAGCGGUGGUGUGAGCGUGUCACUGCAGGGCAGCGCCCGCAUCUACCUUAACCGAGUACAGCUCACCGCGGCCCCAUUGUUGACCCACAACGGAUUUAUCUUGGGCAAUUCCAAACAAUGGCACACGGGGGGUCCAAACGAGGACUAUCUUCCUGCACUUUGACCCCUGGCGGUGGGAGGAGAGUGAGGGACCGUGUGUCGUGUGCGCGCGUGUGUGCGAGCGACCUUCACUUUGGUGAACACCAAAUCACGGAUGGCUUGAUUGUCGAAUGUUAAACAAUGCAUUUAAUCGUUAAUGUACAAUUACUUGUGAGGGAGUAAAAAGUUCUACUCAGUUA